AUGGCUUCCUGUGAAGAGAACAGAGAUGACAAGAUUGACAUAAAAGAGGUCUGUGAAAGGAAAAGGAUUGAAAUGAGAAAUAAGAAUUUAAAAGAGGAAGGAGGACAGAACAUCAUCCCUGCUUCCACUGGUGCAGCCAAGGCUGUAGGCAAGGUCAUCCCUGAGCUGAAUGGGAAGCUCACAAGCAUGGCCUUCCGUGUCCCCACCCCCAAUGUGUCUGUUGUGGAUCUGACCUGCCGCCUGGAGAAAGCUGCCAAAUAUGAUGACAUCAAGAAGGUGGUGAAGCAGGCAUCAGAGGGCCCCCUUAAGGGCAUCCUGGGGUAUACUGAGGACCAGGUUGUCUCCUGCGACUUCAACAGUGACACCCACUCCUCUACCUUCGAUGCUGGGGCUGGCAUUGCUCUCAAUGACCACUUUGUCAAGUUCAUUUCCUGGUAUGACAAUGAAUUUGGCUACAGCAACCGGGUGAUGGACCUUAUGGUCCACAUGUCCUCCAAGGAAUAAGAGCCCCCUGAACCACCAGCCCCAGCCAGAGCAAGAGGAAGAAAGAGGCCCUCAGCUGCUGGGGAAUCCCUGCCCCAACUUAUCCCCUAAAACACUGAGAAUCUCCCAACCUCCACUAUUUCCAUCCCAGACCCCCUGAAGAAGG